GAAGCCCCCCCCUUCGAAAGAAAGAGACGCAAGAAACCACCGUCCCAAUCCCUCGUGCUGAGGGCCGGUCACCCCACUCUUUUUCGCUUUCUCGAUCCCUGCAUACAUCGAGUACAGGAACCGGCGCGACGAUUCCUCUUUGUAUCUAACUUCAUUGUUAUCGUAACGUUAUAAAUAAGCGCGGACGAUGCUUCCAAAGCGGGUUGCCUCUCCCCGUUCCCUCAUGGCGUCGCUCGGCUCCCUCCCCUUCCUCCGUCCCAAACCCCUCUCCUUCUCCUCCCCCUCCCCCUCCACCGGCCCCAACCCCAACCCCAACCAUCGCUUCCUUCCCGUCCGCGCUAUAUUCCGCACCAGGGCCGACGGGGAAAGCAGCCGCAAGUGGCCGCCGCGGCGGUCGCCGGCGGGCGAGAAGAAGUCUCUCGCCGUUGCCACCGGCGAGCUUUUCCUCGGCCUCGCCUCCUUGCUCCUCCGCAGCAGGAGCUCCGCCGCCCCCGUGAUGGCGCCGCCGGGCGACCCGGAGGUGUUGCCGGAUCGGGAGAAGGCGUGCCUCUCGGGAGAAGGGGAAUCGAUUGCGUCGGUGGUGAAGGAUCCGGUGGACCAGGAGGUGCUCUGGGAACAGAGGUUGAAGGAUGUGGAGGCCGAGAAGGAGAGGAAGAAGGUAACCAGUCCUGGGUUCAGCUUCUCGGCCGCUGGCCUUCUUUUUCCUUACCAUCUUGGGGUCGCUCAGUUCCUUCUCGAGAAAGGCUACAUUAAGGAAACGACACCAUUAGCUGGCUCAUCAGCUGGUGCAAUAGUCUGUGUGGUAAUUGCUUCUGGAAAUAGCAUGCAAGAUGCCUUACAAGCAACCAAGCUUCUGGCUGAAGAUUGCCGGGUUAAGGGCACUGCAUUUCGGCUUGGGGCAGUACUUAGAGAUGUUCUUAUCAAAUUUCUGCCAGAGGAUGUGCACAUUAGGUCAAAUGGAAGGGUUCGUGUUGCUGUCACUCAAUUAUUUUGGAGGCCAAAGGGUUUACUUGUGGAUCAAUUUGACUCUAAAGAAGACCUCAUUAAUGCUGUCUUCACCUCUUCCUUUAUUCCAGGCUAUGUGGCUCCGAGGCCUGCAACUAUAUUCCGUAACCGCUUGUGCAUUGAUGGCGGUUUGACAUUGUUUAUGCCACCAACUUUUGCUUCAGAAACAGUUCGUGUCUGUGCUUUCCCUGCCAACCGAUUGGGAUUGAAUGGGAUCGGAAUCAGCCCACAUUGCAAUCCAGAGAACAGAGCUACUACUCGACAGCUCUUCAACUGGGCACUGGAACCUGCAGAAGACUAUAUCCUUGACAAACUGUAUGAGCUCGGAUAUUUGGAUGCAGCCGUCUGGGCUGAGCAGAAUCCUGUGGAGUCAACUGUGAAAGAAGGCAGCAUUAGCAGUCGAAUUGUCAUAGAUGCAGGCAGCACUAACGGUAGUCAAAUUGUGAAAGAUGCAGGCAGCACUAAUGGUAGUCACAUUGUGGAAGAUGAAGGCAGCAGUAACAGUAUGUAAUUGAAAUCAAUCCUAUGAAUAAUUAUGAUGCCAAGAAACCUUUUUGUGAUCACAUGAGGAAAUCCAACUCAAAGAGAACCAAGAUAUGAGGCAGUCUGGUCAUAGAUAACAAUAUAAUAAUUGAUUUGGAUGGAGAAGCCGAGGAGUGAAGGCUUGCAUGGGACAAACCAAAAUAAAAGAGCUUACAGAAGAUGUCAGGAUUUUCUUUUAAAGUUCUUUUUUUCAAUUCAUACCAAUCGUAACUUGUAAAUCUGUAGCUGCAAAAUAAAUAUUCGAUUAUUCUCAAUUUAAAUUGUGGUAUGUAAAUCUUUUUUA